UUACAAAAUUCAAAUCAAUUCACAAAUAAUUGAAUCGUUUUUCUCAUACAAUGGUCUCCAAAGACGAUGAAUACGAUUAUCUCUUCAAAGUGGUACUGAUCGGUGACUCAGGAGUCGGCAAAAGUAAUCUGUUGUCGCGAUUCACGCGAAAUGAGUUCAAUCUGGAGUCGAAGUCGACGAUUGGUGUGGAGUUCGCCACGCGAUCCAUACAAGUGGACGGAAAGACCAUCAAAGCCCAGAUCUGGGACACGGCUGGACAGGAGCGCUACAGAGCCAUCACCAGCGCCUACUACAGGGGAGCGGUGGGCGCUCUGCUGGUGUACGACAUCGCCAAACACCUGACGUAUGAGAACGUGGAGCGAUGGCUGAAGGAGUUGCGCGAUCACGCGGACCAGAAUAUAGUGAUUAUGUUAGUCGGCAACAAAUCCGACUUAAGACACCUGCGCGCUGUGCCUACCGAUGAAGCCCGUGCUUUCGCCGAGAAGAACAGUCUGUCGUUCAUCGAGACGUCAGCCCUGGACUCGACUAACGUUGAGGCGGCGUUCCAGCAAAUCCUGACCGAAAUCUAUCGGAUUGUGUCCCAGAAGCAGAUCCGCAACGAGGGGGGCGACGACCCCUCCCCCUCGCACGAGAACAUCAGGCCCAUCAACAUUCCUCCGACCGAUAACUCCGACCGAAAUAAGAAGCCCUGUUGUCAGACAUAGACAUCACAACACCAUUAGACACCCGUUUGAGCGGCGUUUU